CGAGAAUUAUUGAUUCUCCAUUUCUAUAAUUCCAUAUUUUACCAAGUAUGAAUAUGAGAAUAUUUUAUUUUAUUUUCAGUUGCCAGUGCAUUUUUCUACACAGAGAUAAAAGAUAGCAUAUUUAGGAAAAUGUUGUCCCAAGUAAUAGGACUAUUCUGGAUCAAAUGGGAGCUCCAUGGAAUGGUCGGAUUUAGCCUGUUCCUACAGUUUGUGCUUCUUUUGGUUGGCAAUCGUUGGAAAUUGCAAGGCCGAAUAUCUCUUUAUGUUACCAUCAUAGUUUGGUCGGCAUACUUAACAGCUGAUUGGAUAGCCACAUGUGCCAUGAGCACUCUCCUCAAGGCCAAAGAGGAUUAUAUCAAUGGCAGACUCGUUGUGUUUUGGACACCGUUCUUGCUCUUGCACCUCGGCGGCCCGCACACCAUCAAUGCCUUCACCUUAGCAGACAACGAGCUCUGGAUGCGGUCUUUUCUUGGCUUCAUCAUCCAGGUUGGAGUGGCUGUUUAUGUUUACAUUAGGUUCAGAGGCAAUUCCAAUAUCCUCACUUAUAUGGCCAUUCCUUUAUUCGCAGCGGGGAUUAUUAAGUAUGGAGAAAGGAUUUGGAUUCUCAGGGAAGCAAGCAGAAAGCGAUUUAGCAAAUCCAUUUUCUCAGCUCACAAAACUCAAGUUAAUCCACCGAACAAAGGUUCAUGGACAGUUGAUGAUCGAGCUAAAACAUUGGAUGAGUAUUUAAGAAGCAAAGGAGUUAUUCCAGAAGGGAAAAACAUCUAUAAAGCAUUUCGCCUUUACAAGAUGUUCAUGCCUCUCUUUUUGGACCUGAAGCUUAGGUUUGACAAAGAUUUAACCCAAAAAAUAAUUCUACCGUCCAUGUCGAUUGAAUUCAACGGUGCCUUCAAAGUGGUCGAGAUGGAGCUUGGGUUUUUGUAUGAUGUGCUUUACACUAAGACUACCAUACUGCAAUCUUUGGUUGGUAAAAUCCUUCGCGCCAUCUGCUUGUUGUCCACUUUAUCGGCACUAACAGCCUUCUCAAUCAUAGUUGAUAAGAGCAGCUACCCAAAACCCGAUGUUGCUAUGACCUACAUGCUGCUCAUUGGAGCUUUCUUUCUCGAUGUUUUCGCCGUCAUUUCGCAUGUUUCCUCAAACUGGCAAAUGCUCGAUCCAACCAUCAGACACAAUAAGGUGCAUAAGUUUAUCAGCUGUCUUAGAUUUUUCUCGUCAAUCCAUUGUGGUGAGGACAAGAAGGAAAUAGCGUUCAUUGCACAACAGAGCUUCAUAAAGUAUUGCCUCCAUACUGAGAAAUCUUUGUGGCCAAAGAUUGUACGACUUAUUGACACUGAAGAUACCUUCGCAAAGUUUCGGUGGACUACCUGGGAACCAGUGAAUGAUGAUCUUAAAAAGUUCAUUUAUUCUAGUCUUAAACAGAAGCAGGAGAAAUAUCGUGAAAGCAAAUUUGAGUAUGAGAAGCUCUCACAAUUAUUAACGGGUAAGGGAAAAUCCGUGCUUAUUAGAGAGGGCGUUUUAGAGAAAAUACAGAUCUUGUCAGAGAAAUUCCAAAGGAGCAUUGAAGAUGAAGAAUUCAGCCAGUACCUCCUUCUCUGGCAUAUUGCAACAUCUCUUCUUUUCCACACUAAUCAUGGAAAAUAUACGGGUUCAUAUUACAGAAUUAGCAAGCUCUUGUCAGAUUAUAUGAUGUAUCUCCUCUUGUUGCGGCCGAACAUGCUCCCUAAGGGAAUUGGGGAAGAGAGGAUCAGAGAAACUCGGGACGAGGUGAUAAAUUUCUUAAACAAGCAGAGUUCACAGACUGAAAGUGAAGCCGGUGAUGCUUUGUUUAACAACAACGUCUCUUCAAGUAGAACAGACAAGCGUCCAGACGGGAUCCUGGUUCAAAGCAAGUCAGUGCUCCAAGACGGGCGCAAGCUGGCGCAUCAGUUGGAGGGAUUGGUGGAGGAGGAGGAAUUGACGUGGGAUCAUGAAGAAAAAUGGAAGAUGAUUGCUGAUGUGUGGAUGGAAAUGCUGGUAUUUGCUGCUAGCAAAUGUGAAUGGAGAGAGCAUAAGACACAGAUGAAGAAUGGCAAGGAAUUGCUCACUCACGUAGCCCUUCUUAUGGUACAUUUUGGCCUGACUGGACAUGUCCAAGUCGUCGAUAUCCAAAGCAACCAAGUGGAACCAGUGCAGCCUCAAGAAGAUCGCUCGUCGCGAUGGGAUUGGGAACUUUCUCAUUUGCCUAAUUACCUGGUAUAAGAAAAUGUGUAAUGUAAUUUGGCAUAUAGAACUACUUUUUUUUACAUUUAAUUUCUUAUGUUUAUUGCAUUUUGGCACAUUAAAUCUACUUUUUUUUGGCAUUUAAUUUCUUAUGUUUAAUGUAACCUGGCGCAUGGAUGUACUUUU